AUGCUCGAAAAGCUUCCGCCAGAGAUUCUCAGCCGUGUUCUCGAGAUCGCGAUAGAAACAUGGGGCAUUGGAUUUCUUCCGCCUAUCUGCCUCGUCUCCUCGACUUGCUAUCAUGUCGUCAACUCUUCGCCAAGCCUAUGGGGAAUUCUGAACAUCGGAAAACGUUCGUCUAUGUCGGUUCUUUCCACUCAGCUCGUCAAAGCGAAAGAAAGCGAGUUGCGCAUCUAUGUCGCAAGUAGGGGAUGGCAGAAUCGAGGCGCGGACAAGCAUAUGAAGAGGUUCGCGGCUAGACUAGCGGAGCUGUCCAGGAAUUGGGUGGAGAUUUCUUGCCCCUCUUCGCUGCUGGCUGUCACCAAGUGGUCGAACAUGGCACGCCUGAGGACCUUGACCCUUUCCUAUAAUCGUGGCGAAGGGGCACGGGAAUUCUUUGGCGCGGAUACCCCCAGAAACUCUAUCCUUAGCUCUUUCACAGCCGUUAAUCUGCCUCAGGACUGGGUCCAGGGUUUUUUGGGCCCUAGUAUAUCUUACUUCGCCUGGGGUCGGUUCCAGGCAGAGAGCCCUAUGCUUGUGCAGAGAUACCUGGCCCUCAUCCCCAACGUGCACACUCUCGGCAUAUCGGACGGGUCUCUUCAAGAAGUCCAUGAUGAUAUGCCAGUCAACUCGCUGGAUAAUCUGCACCAUCUUGAAAUCGCGCACGUCAAGCACUUUUCGCCCAUCUUACUUUACACCAGAGCCCCAUCACUUCGGGUGUUGGCAAUUCGUCAAAGCGUUGGGCAGAUGAGCCUCGUUUUUUCGCAUUGGAGCCAGCCUAGGUUUCUGCCCUCUCACCUCCAAAAUCUGGAACUUUUCAAUUGCUUCGAGCGCCGGGACACGCCUUUUCUGAUUCAGUGGCUGGCUCGUCUUCCCAAACUACUCCGUCUCGCUAUUUCAAACGAAGACGCGGAUUUUUCGGCCAAUCCAGCCGCCCGAACUUCACACAACGACCUGGUCACAGCGAUGGUCGAUCCCAACGGCGCUGGAGACGGAUGGCUGUGUCCCUCUCUCAUUCAUCUGUGUCUGGACUACAGCCUUCGCGUUGCCGAUCUCCUGCCGAUGGGUCUCGGAAAGGGCGGAGCCAAGCGUCACCGUAAGAUUCUUCGUGACAACAUCCAGGGUAUCACGAAGCCCGCUAUCCGUCGUCUCGCUCGUCGUGGAGGUGUGAAGCGUAUUUCCGGUCUCAUCUACGAAGAAACGCGCGGUGUCUUGAAGAUCUUCCUUGAGAACGUCAUCCGGGACUCGGUCACGUACACCGAGCACGCCAAACGCAAAACCGUCACCGCUCUUGACGUCGUAUACGCUUUGAAGCGUUCCGGUCGCACCCUGUACGGUUUCGGCGCGUAAACGAGCUGAACAUUUUCUACUCACCACCUGUCUUGUCCUACCCACACUACUGUAUUCUUUAUCAACCACCGUCUUGUACCUUUCUAUGUAUGAGGAGGCUGCAUGCCCUAUGAUAAUACGCUCAGGCGGUCGUUCCCUUCCAG